UUCCGUGUUGAUGUAAUAGGAGUUUGUGUCCGGUGGCAGUUUAUGCAUUAUGCGUUUAUACCAGUGAUGAAACGCGUAUAAAUGUUUGGACCCUAUUUAUUUUUCACAAACGCAAACCGAUGACAGGCAUUUACUUGAAUCUCUUAGCUAGGCUAAAUGGGAUUUGAUUAUCCACAAACUGAACAGAAUGCUUGCUGAUUGGAUUGUCAGGUAGAGCGGCUCGGCAGCGUUCUGGUUUCUGUCACGUGAUCGGCACUGCCAGUAGCCUAAUUAGCACGUUUAGAUUUACUAAGAGUUGGCACAAGAAGGAAAGAACAUGUGGUUUCCCGUUCCAUUACUAUUACCUUUGCCCCAGACGUCGCCUUAUGCCCUGCAGCCUUCGGGUAUGUCAUACGGUUCGGGAAGUUUUCAGUUGCAGAUGAUUCCCUUUGACCGUCAUUCGUUUCCAAAUGGUUUUCUAUCCAUAGAUGAUGGCAGGCAGUUUCUUCUCAACAGGUCUUUGUUUGAUUUGGUGAAGGUCACAAAUAUCCUGGAAUUGACUGACGCCAAGCUGCUGGGUUGGUACCUGGCACUGCCUGUAGAGGACCAGAAACUUAUACAAGAGGCUGGUGGUUUCUUGCAGUUUCUACACAGGCACCCAGCUUUGGAGGUGACCAAGCAGUUUGUUUAUGUUAAGCGCACAGACCCAGCUGCAGAAAGCUACAGACCACCACAAACAAUGUCAGUCAAUCUCAACAAGUCCAGAAGGCCCACGUUCUACGGCGUGACAGAAUGUUUGAACUGUGGCACCAGUUGUCCGUCCGGAGGACAGAGGUGCAGGCGAUGUACUGCACCUUUCCAAAUGGGGAUGGAUUCAGGAGAUCAAGAUACAGAGUUAAAAAAUGGUCAAAAAAUGUUGAAUGACCUCUUAAACUGUGCUGAGGGGAGUGCAGUAGGAAGCCAGAAAUCCCACUGGGGGUCCACUGGGAGUCCAUGCCCCCUGGAGCCCAUCUCCAAGGAUAACCACCUGCAAACACUGCAGGAGAGCUUCCAGUCAGCCUGCGACGUCAGCAGCCAAGUGCUGGAGGAGCCUCCUAGCCACCAGGAGGCGCACUGCUCAAUUGACCCGACACAGCACCAGCUGUGGGAGGAAGGGGCCAAGCAGGAUGACCCCUCUGCUCAGGCGAACUUCUCUCUGGAUAUGGAGCUGGAGAUGUGUAGCCAGAAGGGGGCCACGGGGUGCCUGGGUGGGCCCUGUGCAGAAGCAGAGUAUCCUACGAUAGCGCACGAGACGCCUCCAGAGUACAGCAGCUUCAACAGCACCAGGCUGGACCGCACUGAGUGGAAUAACAGCAGCCAGUCAGCGGAGGCUGAAGGUGAUGACUCCCUGCUGGCCAAUAGAGGAAGUGCUGAGGAACCCCUAGAGGGGGUCAGCGUAGCAUCCUCCUGCCCAUUGGAGGAGAAAGAGCACUACCUCAACAAGUCCUGUAAUUGCACAUACGAUGUGGAGGACAGCCCAGGAGACCGAGGCAGGAGAGACGAGGCUUUAAGGUGCCAGCAGGAAAAUGAGGAGGAAGAGGACUUCCACAGUAUCAUGGAGGAGGACAAGAGCAUACUCCUAUGUCAGACAAGUGAAAGGAUCCAUCUGGUCAACAGUGCAAAUGCUCCAGUCAGCCCUAGCCAGGCUGCGGUGACAAGUGUAGCUGCAUUUAACUUUCCCAGAUCACCCCACAAAGCUAGUAUGAUAGACGGGUCCACUAAUACACUACCCCCUGUCUCCACCCAUGACAUCUGUGUUGGUCCAAACUCCAGUCUGGCUGGUUGCCAGCAACAUAUCCAGACUCAGACUCAGGGCCCAACUACAGCUGACAGGUCUGUCAAUACUGAGGUCUACAUGGCAGACCUGGACUUUCUGGCUAAGGAAUUCAGGAAGCUGAAAGUUGCUGAGGAGGAUCUACAGGAAUUAAAAAGGAAAAUGGAAAGAUCAGCUGGUGCUGGGAGGGAAGGCGAGAGUGGCUGUGGCUGUAACUCUGCCCAGCGUGCCCGUCGAGCAGAGCUGUGCCUGGUGGCUCUGCAAUAUGGAAUGUGCCAGCAGCACUGCUGGAGGCGCUACUACACAUCACCUGAGGGGGACCGUCUGGUCCAAGGAGUGGAGGUGCCCCCUGAGAAUCUUAUGGAGGUUCUGAAGGUCUUGGAGGCUGACUACAGAGAGAUGAGGGAGAAGAUCCUGGCUGGAAUUCCCCUGGACCAGCUUAAACCGCUGGCUGUGGACUCCCAAAAGAUCACCUCAGCCACCUGCUACAUCCCUGCACAGAUAAUUGGAGAGACCUUGGAAAGUGCUUCAUCUCGUGUCUCAGAGAGGAGCUCCCAGCAGAUGGCUGGAGCAGGUGAUGUCCGCCCCCCUACCAGCACUGGAGAAGGCUCUCAGACAGGUGAGAGAGGGAGAGGUCCAGUUUGCCUCCCCAAGUUUGGGAGCAACAAAACGGGGAAGGCAGUCAUCCUCCUUCCUCAGCCGACGGGGAUCCACCAUGGACGCAAGCCAGGUGGAGGGAAGGAGCUCAACUCCAGUGAGGCCUGGUAUGAUGCCGAGGAGGAUCUUGGGCCUGCAGGGGCUACUGCGAAGGCCAACACCCAGACGGCAGAGGCAGAUGAUGGAGGAGCUGUCCAGGGACAGGAUGCAUACCUCAGCUCUCUCCUGUGUGUAACUCAAUUUCCCAGUGAUGUGACUGAGGGUGACUUAAUGCUGUUAUUUGAGAAGUAUCAGGCAUCUGAAGUAAGCAUUUCCACCUUCAGGAACAACCUCAAGGCUGCAAUAGUGACUAUUAGUGGUCCUAACUUUGCUGAGGCUGCGGUCGGUGAGAUGAAUGGCCAUAUCAUACAGGGCCGCAGGCUGCAUGUGGAACAUAUUCAGAAACCCAACUCUGGGGCCUCAGAUGAGAACCAGAGCCUGGGGACAGCAACCCAGCCUCAGAGCUCCAGCGCCACACCAAGGCCACAGCCAUCAGGGGACAACCACAGGCCCCAAAGCUCAUCCGAGAGCCAGUGCACUACCACCUAUGUAAAGCCUUUCCGUCCCAGCCUAGAGAAAAGGACAGUGGUCUGCGACUCACCCACAGCCUCAGGUACCUGUGUGCCCCAGCACUACGCCACGAUGGGCAGCUUUGACACUCUGAUGUCCCGGCUGACCGCGCACCACCCAGAGGCAGGGAGACAGAGGAUCGUGGACGCCCUGCUGGAGCUGAGGGCCAAACAUCAGGGCUACCUCAGCGGCCUGCCGCUCAGCAUGAUCGUGGAUAUGACCUCCGACCUUCUGACCAAAUCUAAGAUUAUGAAAGGGUAGGAGUUAGGCUUCAUGAUUCUCUAGGACAGGUAUAGCAAUAAAUAAUCAUUCAAAUAACAACACAGUGGCCUAAAAUCACCCUUUUACAAUGUUUACAGUUUGAAGCAUUGAUAGUCCACCACUAGCUGCCGCUUGUGUAAGCAACUCGUAUAAUUUUUUGUCUGGUUUCCGUAAAAGGGAGAGGGUUUAUUCCAACUAUUACACAUUAAUUUGAAUGUUAUGUACAUUUUGUUAUACUGUUCAUGUUUUGCCUAUUACUACAUUUGUAUUCUUAAGUUAAUUUUUUGUUUGAUCCUGUUUGUGAAAUGCCUCAUUUUAUUCAAGGUAUCCAGUUGUUUUGAAAUCUUAAGUACGUGGAUGUUAAAAGAGUUUUUGAACAAAGGUCAAGUCAGUUGUUAAAACCAAAAAUGUCCCUUGACCUAGCAUUCCUCACUGAUAAAAAGUUAGUUAGUUAUUUACAGUUUGCCUGUUAGAGGCUGGUUAAUAACCUCAAAGUCUGUUUUUUACCCUCCAGUGUUUCUUAGUUUGAUUAAAAGAUUCAAAGUUC